AUGACCAACAAAAAAGAGAUGCAGUCGUGUCUGGCGGCUAAUAAUAAGCAUCCGCUGUUGAAACCAGUUCUUAUGAAAUAUUGGAUGGCAUGGAACAAAAUUGAAGAAAUUCCUUCUGACGAACAAAAUAAAACCGAAAUAAGGAAUAACGUUAAUGAGAUGGCGGUGGCAAAUAAUGAAGUUAAGACAUGUCCCACACCUGAUGGAAAGCAUUUCUUAGCGUUGAGAGUGUACGCUUUCGUGUGCAGAGCAACAUUGGAAGAUGACCAGAAGAAAAUGUCGGAAGAAGAAGAAAUGAAAGUUUACAAAGAGAUGACGAACAUCAAUGAAGAUCCUUUCUGGCCAUGUGUUCGCGACGUCAUUGCACUUAUCUUAAGGGCCAUUCUCUGCUUUCUUAUUGGGUUUUUCCAAUGA